ACCUGUGUGUCUCACAUCUGGAUAUAAGACACGUCCCAUAACUCAAACGUGUUGGAGAUGGGAUAUGUGUCACAGAUCCAGCAACCGAUUUGCGAUUUUUCUGUAAUGUUAUAUAGCAAAUAAUACGUACAUUUGUUUGGGAAUGUUUGAUAGUUAAAACAAGGACAAAGUGCAUUACAGCGCAAGUCAAUGAGGACGAGUAUCCUCGCCAUUGCAUAACUUCAUGUAACUUAUGUUGGGCACCAGGAUUUGAGCGCUAUGUGGUGCUUUUGCGGUGUUCUCGGUCAAUCGCUGUUUAUUUUGUUUUAUUUGUUAGAGUUUUGGAUAGCACCUGUGUUCUUGCAUCCACAAUGCUUGGAUUUUAAGCCUCCUUUUCAGCCUGAACAAGAGCUUCAGUUCUGUCAAAUGUAUAAAUACCUCGGCUGCUGCGGUUAUGCCAGGGACCAAGAGCUGAUGGCAAAAUAUUAUCGAAUAACGGAUAACUUCGAUUAUUACGUAUAUUCGAACUGUGCCGCGUACGUGCAAGAUCUGCUCUGUCAGGAAUGCUCUCCAUAUGCUGCUCACCUUUUUGAUGCCGAGGACCCCAUCACAGCCAUACGCACCAUACCUGGACUGUGCCCAGACUACUGUUCUCAAUUCCAUUCCAAGUGCAGUCCUUUUCUGACCUUGUUGUCAGAUGAUCCACAUCUUGAAGAACUUAAACAUGAUCAGCGCAAGCUUUGUCAGUACCUGGAGUUGGAUGACCCAGACUACUGUUAUCCUCAUCUCCUAAGCAAUGAACGGUUAACCAAAAACCUGGGCCGCACUUCAGCUGACUCUGAAGGCUGCUUGCAGCUGUGCUUGGAGGAGGUUGCCAAUGGUCUCAGAAACCCUCUUGCCAUGGUUUACGUCAAUGAUGGCACGCACAGGUUUUUCAUUGCCGAACAAGUCGGCGUAGUCUGGGUAUACCUUCCAGACCGCUCAAAGCUUGAGAAACCAUUUCUAAACAUCACCAAGGCUGUGUUGACUUCUCCAUGGGAAGGUGAUGAAAGAGGCUUUCUGGGACUCACCUUUCACCCCAACUUUAAAUACAAUGGGAAGCUGUUUGUGUACUACUCUGUGGAAGUGGGAUUUGAUGAGAGAAUCAGAAUCAGUGAAUUCCGGAUCUCCUCUGCGGAUAUGAAUGUGGUUGACCACGGCUCAGAGAGAAUCAUUUUAGAGAUUGAUGAACCUGCCUCUAAUCACAAUGGCGGUCAGCUGCUGUUUGCCAAUGAUGGAUACUUAUACAUCUUUACUGGGGAUGGUGGAAUGGCAGGAGAUCCAUUUGGGAAAUUUGGAAAUGCACAGAACAAAUCUGCCCUUUUGGGAAAGGUUCUUCGCAUUGACGUAGAUGCCAAUGAAAAGGGGCCACUGUAUAGAAUUCCACCAGACAAUCCAUUUGUGCAUGAACCCAACGCUCGGCCAGAGGUGUAUGCCUAUGGGGUCCGAAAUAUGUGGAGAUGCUCAGUGGACAGAGGAGAUCCAUACACAAAGGAAGGAAAAGGACGAAUCUUCUGUGGGGAUGUGGGCCAGAAUAAGUUUGAGGAAAUAGACAUUGUGGAGAAGGGCCGGAAUUAUGGCUGGAGAGCAAAAGAAGGUUUCUCUUGUUAUGACAAGAAACUCUGUGCCAACAGCUCCUUAGAUGAUGACCUUCCCAUUUAUGCAUAUCCACACAAAAUGGGCAAAUCUGUCACAGGUGGAUAUGUUUACAGAGGCUGUGAAAAUCCUAAUUUAAAUGGCAUGUACAUAUUCGGAGACUUUAUGAGUGGACGCAUGAUGAGUUUAAAAGAAAACAGAAACACUGGCAGUUGGGAGUACAAUGAGAUUUGCAUGGGCAUGGGUCUGACAUGUUCAUUUCCAGGGCUCAUCAACAAUUACUACCCAUACAUAAUUUCAUUCGCAGAGGAUGUAGCAGGUGAACUCUAUUUCAUGUCUACCAAAAUACCCAGUGCAACAUCCCCUACAGGUGUUGUGUACAAGAUUGUUGAUCCCUCGAGACGUGCACCUCCAGGAAAAUGUCAUUAUGACCCACUUUCAGUCCGUGUUAAGAGCAACCUUAUACCAUUCAAGCCAAAGGAAACUUUAAUAGGAGUUGAUAUUCCAACAAAUGCAGAGCAGCCUCCUGAUGCUGCCUCAGAAAACUGGCUUCAAGAGCUGUUGCACAUCUUAAGGGAGCAGGAUGGACAACUCACCCCCACUCCAGUCACCCCAACUACAGCCAAGCCUCUUCUAACAUCCAGGCAAAGGAAGGGUAGACGCAGAAAGGGCAAGCAAAAGAAUGGAGCUGUGAGGCUGGUUGGGGAUAAAGAGGGUCAGAAGGAUCGGGGAAGGGUGGAGAUAUAUGCUAAUGGGAAAUGGGGGACUGUUUGUGAUGAUCUCUGGAACACAAAGAACGCCGUGGUGGUCUGCCAGCAGCUCGGGUUCCGCCAUGCACUUAAGGCUGCCAAGCAUGCCGAGUUUGGGGAGGGGAAGGACCUGAAUAUUAUUUUGGAUGAUGUGCAGUGUGAGGGGACAGAGGAAACCCUUCUGGACUGUCAGCAUGCUGGAGUUGGCAUCCACAACUGUGCACAUUAUGAAGAUGCAGGUGUAAUAUGUGGAAAUUCAGUUUCAGGCAUGAAAUAAUCAGAACAUUUUGAAACAAGCUUUUUGUUGUAAGUUUUAACACAUAGGUCUACCUCAUCUUUUCCAAUCUGAAAUGCAGAAGACAUAGGGACAAUAAUAAUAAGUGAUCUCUUAGUUCAAUUGAACUAAAGUGUGGCUAAACAUUCAUGUUCAUCCUGGUUUGUUGCUGAAAUUCAUAGACCUAUGUGGAUGUUUUACUUUUGUCUAAAACAUUACAUUUGCCCAUAAAAUGCCACUUUUGUAACAGUUCAUUUAUAGCAACAAUCACAAAUAAAUUUG